UCCAGUCAGGAAGUGUUGCUGUGAAUCGUGUCGCGGAUCAAAGGUUGUUGCACAUACUUUAGUUUUACGUCCCUGGCUUCUUUUAUAGUAGACUAUUGGACGUAAAACACAUAAGUUAUUCGGCAGCUCAGCCCUCCAGCAGCAAGGAGACGCCUCCCCAUCACCCAGAUUUAACAUCCACUUCCCAUCUGGCAAUGCCUCUGUUUCGGGCUUCGGGUGAAAGUGGUGGGGCGAAGGCUCACCCCGGGCGGAGGAGAGGGAGGAAGUGGAGGGCGAGCAGCAAGAAGACAGAUAAAGAUGGCUCUGUGCUUUCGUUGGCACGGCUGUCUCUGCUGAGCCUUGCAGACAACAUGAAGGAGGUGUGGGUGAAGGACUAUGCUGAUAACUAUCUGGAUCAAUAUUCAUUCAGAUACAUCAUGGGGCCUUUCAACGUACUGCCAGGUGAGCUGGUCAAGGAGCUGAUACAGCUGCUGUGCUCCAAAAAGCAGAUGUCCAGGGCGGCCCUCCACCUCCUGCUGGUCCCACAACUCCGUGACUUGUCUCUGGAAAGGUGUCCAGGUCUGGUCACCUCUGCGCUCUGUGCUCACAUUGCUGCGCGUUGCCAGGGUCUGUGCAGUCUGGAUCUAUCUGGGGCCCAGCAGCUGCCCUCAAAGGUCCUGUCUGAGACCCUCUGCAGUCUGCCUGCCCUGCGCUCGCUCUCCCUGGCUGGUACACCUUGUGACAGAUGCGUCAUCAGGACGAUUGCCCACCGCUGUCGUUUGCUGCGCCAUCUGGACAUAUCCCGCUGUCAUUUGCUCUCCCCUGCUGCACUGCUUCUCCUUGGAAGCGGAACCUCCUCUUCAUCCUCUUGCUGUCCUUCUACGUCCCCACGUUGCUCCUCUACAUCCCAAUCCUCUAUUUCCUCUUCUUGCUCCGCACCUCUGUCUCCUCUCCCCCUCUGCAGUCUGCUGGCUCUGGAUAUUGGGUUUGGGGAACAAGAGGGAGACCCAGUGGCGGCGGCAGCGUACCUCCUCCUCUCCCUGCCCUGCCUGGAGACAGUGGCCAUGGAGGGCCUCGUGCAGGCCUGCUGUCUCAUCCAGCAGAGACAGUUCAGUCAGACAGAUGAGUUCACUGACAGAGAGGGAGUUCCCCGUCUGAAGGAGGUGUGGAGUGAGUGGAGGCACAGGCAGGGCAGGGACAGCUGGAGGGAAAGGAGGGAAGAAGCAGCAGCAGCAGCAGGUGACGAUGAGGAUGAAGAGGAGGAGGAGAAGAUGUUGUGGGAGGGGUAUGGUAGCGAGAGUGAGGAAGAUGCAAGUAGAGAUGAAGGGCAAAGCUGCUCCCAGAGCCAAGCAGAGGAAAAAAGCAGAGAGAGAGCUCUGUCAGGUGAUGAAUGCUUCAUCCUGCGCCUUAAAGAGGUCAAAGGCUUAUCGUGUGACUCUCUGGACUGUUUCAGUCGCUCGUGUCCAAACAUCUACUCUGUAUCUGUGAACGUUGAUGGUUACGAAAACACUAGAGGAAGAAUCCAUGGGUCUGUGUUGGCCACAGGCCUCCAGGCGUGGUCGGGCCAGCUGCGGAGCCUCUCACUACACUACCCAGGCCCUGUGGUGGAUCUCCUGCCUGCCUUACAAGUUGCAGGCUCCUCCUUGGCCUCUCUCACCCUGGAGGGAGUGAAAACUAGCCCUCACUCUCCUCUACUGGAGGUCAUCAGGGCUUGUCCCAGACUCAGAGAGCUGCUCAUAUCUGCUGAGCCUCCCAACUACCUGCUGGAAGAACAAAAUGAGGAGGAGCAGCAGGAUGAUCAGGAUCUUCCAAAGCUGCCGAACCUCUGCUCUCUCUCACUCAAUUUCUCCUACGAGCACAGCCAAAUGAGGCCCGUCAUGUCCUGGAUGUCCCUGAAGAGGGUACUCAGGUGUCUCCUGAUUGGUUCUCCCUUACUGAAGAAGCUCUCUCUGGUCUCCCUGCCCUGCCCUCUGGACUGCAUUUUACUGGAUGUACUGUGCAGAGUAAAUUUUGACCUGCAUUUAGGUGUAUAUCGCAUAGGCUCACCACCACCCCGGCCGCUCACUCAGGUGCAACGGAUUGACCUGACACGGACGGAUGUGACGGUGACAACAGUGAGAAUCAUUCAGCAACAAUGCGGGAGACUGAAGUUUAUUGAUUUGACGUACUGCUGGCAAAUCACACAGUCCCAGUGGUUUGACUGCAAGACGCUCAGAAACGUCCAAGUUGUCUGGUCGUAGGGAAAAAUUAACAGCUUCCAGUGCGGGAGCAGUGCCGUUAAAGGUGGAUGAAUAAUGCUUAAAAUCAUCCAGAUAAAAUCCAAUACACACUUUUUAUAGUGUCCGUUAAAUCUAUAUCUUAGCUUGUAUAACUACAACUCACUUUUGUAAGUAAAGUCCAAAAGACACAGAAUGAUUUUACAAACUGCUUUUUACUGACACGUUGCAAUAUGUACCUCAUGCUUGUAUCAUAUAAAAUCAUAUUAUUCCUAUAGUGCCUUGAAUUGAUAAUACACAGCAUCUUCUGUACCACAUUAGAGUAAAUCUUUUGACUAUAAUGUUUUCCUAAGGCAAUGGUGAAAUGAACUGGCAACAUGCAACUUAUGAAUGAGGAAAACACUGUUGUAUUAUAUCUUCUCUGUGCACUAUCAGUAUAAAUCACUUAAGAAAUUA